AUGAACAAGGACGUCGAGCAGGCCUUGUUCGAUCGCGUCGCCCAGAAGCCCGACAUGUCCGUCGAUGAUAUGCUCUGGUGGCUGUACGACACAUAUAAACUCGUCGUCGGAACCCGCACCAUUCGCAGAGCCUUUGAGCGCCGUAACACUUCACACAAGAAGUUCCGCACCGAUGCACGCAAGCACUUCACCAUUGAUAUGGGCGUCGACAUGGACUUGGACGACGAUGUUGACGUACAUGUCGACACUCAGCACCAUGAUGACCAUAANCUCCAUGCAGAAUGUUGUCCAAGAUCCCACCCCGUGCCUGCUCCUCAAGCACACAUGGCCGUGUCACAACCAGACACAACCUAUCAGAGCCCGUAUGCUCCGCUAAUGGCCAUGGCUGACGCUACCGACGACAGUGGUCAACCGCCUCCGCCAGACAUUGGUCCCGAGCUAGCUCGCGCUCUGGGAGGCUUGACCGAGUCUACUACCAUGCACCAAGACCUGAUGCCCGACCAUAUGGGCCCUCUGUCCGAGGACGAAGAGACUCUGCAGUUGCAGCUUCAGCAAAUCAUGCUGCAGAAGAAAGAAGUCGAACUCAAGAUCAAGAUGCGUCGUUUGCGCCAACGUCGUGAAUCGCACACUCCAAAUGAUGAUUCUUUGUUCGAUCACCUUGAUGUUGACACGACCUCGACCUCGCACAUGCAUCCUGACUCCACUGCAAACAACGAUCCAUUUGCUCCACAAUCGAUCACCACACCAACCUCCUCGACGACUCCCAAGCCUCGCGAUUCUCGCAGCAAAAGCAAGGUUCAGGAGGCUCGCAAACGCACCGAAGAACGUCAAGAACGCAUGUUGAAGGAUCUGGAACGUCGCAGUCGCCGUCGCGAGCAUCUGACCGCUGAGUGGGUACAGAGCCGGGAUGUUUGGGCAAAGGGCCCAGAGAAACUCUUGGUGCAACUGAUGCAUAAACACUCGACGUAUGCAUACAACCAAAACUCUCUCGAGACGUUCGAGGCCAUCUUCGCGGAGCUGUACCACCUAGUUGAUCACACUGAGUGGUAUGCGCCAGUGCAUGAUGAUCUGUUACGUGAGCGUACUCGUCGCAAGAUGAGCCAGCUUCGUAGUAAGAUGGUGAAGAGUGGUGAGAUCAUCAGUCGCGGCGAGGGUUAUGGUGGUUGGACCAAGCCCGAUGACCACGAUGCUCUGGCUGGUGCAUCUGAUCUUACUGGAACCGGACCUGAAGAUUCUAGUCUUGAUUUGUCUCAACAUCACCAGAUCAAUGGCUUAUCUAUGGAUCUACACACCCAUGAUUCUAACCACGAUGCACUCAUGGCACGCGACGCAAUGAUGCAGCACGAUCACUCCAUGCUCGAACACUUGCAAGGCAAUACCGCCGACUUGCACCACACAGAUUUCGACCAUGAUCAGCUAGCACGUCAUCAGAACGAGCUGCUAGCACAGCGCGGCAUCGCGCAUCAGGAACACAUGUCCAACCAGCGUGCCAUUGAGGAAACCAUGGCUGCUGGACUAGCCUCAGUCUGA